CACAGACAGACCUCAGAAGUCUUCAGAACUUGCAUGCGACGACCAAAACUCCUCGCAAGCACCAUCGCCUCGGCUGCAGCCCUCCGCAGCGCUACCCUCAGCCGGCCGGCCGUGAAACGCAGCAGCGUCGUCGCGACCCGCGCAAAAGAGACGAUGGCAGAGGCCGACCUCCUGAGCUGCAUCGUACGAACGAAACAAAAAAAGACGGACUUCAAGGGCAAGCGCGUCGGGCUCUACUUCGCCGCGGGCUGGUGCCCCAUGUGCACGUCCUUCGAGCCGUCGCUCGUGCAAUUCGUCGAGGCGACCCGAAGCCCGGAAAGCAAUGCCCCGCCGGUGCAGCUCAUCUACGUGAGCUCCGACAUGGACGAGGCGGCCGCCGAGACGCGCGCCGCCGCGCUCGGCAUGGAUCGGGUGGACUUCGCCAUGGCCCAGACGCUCAAGACGACGUUCAAGGUCUGGUCCGGGCGCGAGCGGCCCGAGUUCGGCGACGGGCGCCGCGGCGGCGUGCCGGCGAUCGUCGUCGUCGACCGCGACUGCGGUGAGCUCCAGUACCUCAACGCGGAGGGCGAAGGCGCCGCGGCGCUGGGGAAGUGGAAGGAUGAGGGCGCCUGGUGA